AUGGCCGCCAACUCUAAGCUCAAUCUCCAGGCCGUCUAUACCGCCCCAGACGCCGCCAAGAUCUUUGCACACGAGAUCCCCAGCGCGUCGAGCACAGACUCUUUCACUGCGAAACAGUCUCACCUUACAACCCUACAAUCACUCGUCCCCAAGCUACAAGAGGAGAUCAAUGUCUUCCUGACCGAGCGAAUGGAAGAAGAUAAGAAAGCCCAGGGCGCAGUCUCAGAAAUGGAGGCUAGAGAAGAAGAGAACUAUGGCGAGGAAGUCGUCGAGGAGGAUGCUUGA